CCAAAAGAUACGCUUUUGGAGCAGCGAUGGAGAGAAGUGUGUAAUCUGCAGCCUUGUGUAGAUACAAACAAUUUGCGAGUUUGCUCGAAUCAUUUCAAAAAGGAUGAUUACAAGCCAUCAAGAGGCAUUUGCAAAUAUUUAUGGCCGCAUGCAGUUCCUGAAAUGCAAAAACAGUCAACUCAGAACAAUCAGUUGCCAGCGAAUGUCCCACCGAUAAGACAAAACGAAGUUCCACCAAAACAGCCGAACGAAUGUCCUUGCGCCACAAAAAAGCCACGGUAUGCAGAGCCGCGUUAUAUUUCGGAAAUCAGUACCCCACAUCUAGCAACGUCAAGACGUGCCAGUCGAAUACUUAAAUUUGUAAAGAACUCAUUUAAUAAGAAAACAAAGCUAAUAAAAGCUUUUCCAGAUAAGGCGCGAUAUCUACGCAAGCGUGUGACAAAAUUUGAGGAAUUAAUGCUACACUUACACCAAAAAGACUUGGUUAACGCCGAUGCGGCUGAAAUGAUGGCAAAUUAACAAUAUAAAUUUCUAACGGUACUAUUUUCGUUGAUUAGCUGAGAAGUG